AUGGUGUUGCAUGUAGAGCAUACAGAUCUGGGACUUGAUCAGUUGCUGAUUAAGCUGCACCGCAACGAAGAAGUCUCGCCAUCUUUAGUGAAGAGUAUUGCUGCACACGCUUCCACUCUUGCUGAGAACAUAUGUACAAACUACACGACCCUCCAUACAAUUCUCACAUGUCACGAAUCAACAAUUAGAAGAAGAUGGUCAAAGAAGUCAAUUUUGCUUACAGCAUGGCCGAACGUGCCUGAGUUCCACCGGCCGGAUUAUCGUGCAUUCGCAAGCACCUUUGCGACAUCUGACAACGCAGACGAGUUGGAAGAUACUCCAGUCGCAGAACGUAUCCUUCCUCCGGACGAGAACACAUGGCCAUUCAUCAACCUGGAAGACCUCUCAAAGCCUAAGUGUUUGCUGACAUUCCUCAACUCCCGUGACCGAAACCCUCCCUACUUGUUCGCAUUGACGGAAGAGUAUUUCAGUCCUCUGGCAACACUUCCACCAUGUGGUCCUAAGCCAGAACUGAAGAAGCAUUUAAAUGCUGCCAUCAGAGUUAUUGAGGAGUAUUCCGUCACCGAAGACGGCUUCUUGGUGGCAUGCAGCCAGCAUAUCCUGCAUGGCAUGUCAGAGGAAGUGCUCCUUUGUGGACAUGUUCAAGAGCAGCCACCGGCUUCCGAUCUCGAAAUGCACAGGGAUUUUGGACAAACGGACUUUUCAGACUUACUCAUGGCUGCGCCUUACAGAAACCGAAGAUCGUUAGAUUUUUCGAGGCUUCGCGAUUACUUCAGCGCCUUGUACACCAGCGCAAAAGACCAUAUCCUGGCUCUACGAGAGGAUCCAUCUUACUUUGCAGAGGUGUUUGAGGAACUCGCCUACCAUAGCCCUAAAGAGAUAGUCAUCGAAGCCUACACCAUGUUCGCCGCAUGGAAGGAACUCUAUGAAAUCCUCGACCGACUUGUAGAGGCUUUUCAAGGAAACUCGCACGAUCGUUUCUCAUGUCUGAUGGGGGAGUUUGACUGCCGGACGAGGAAUGUUUCCGUGCUAUUGUCAAAAAUGAUUCACGGAUAUCAUGCAACUGCGCCCAACAUAAGAAAAUUCUACGUUCGCGAGGAUGACUCCACUGCUAGCCCCAAGCUCAAGUUCAUGCGUGGUAGUAUUGGCACCUCUGAAGAGAUUCAGCUCAUAGUGGCGUUCCAGCAACUCUACCACACUCUAGAAAACCCUCUUCCUGACCAAGUUUUGCAUCAUAUCCUCGAUAACAUGGCAACAAUCUUGAGAAACAGCAAGCCUGCCAGAGACCUGAUGUCUCCCAGGGUUUCAGAGCUAUUCACGCAGCUGACAAUCGUCGGAGAAUGUCUCAUGCAUUGCUCUCUAUGGCGAGAAACACCAAAAGGAUAUGCUGUUGACCACGAUAUGCCACAUUCGCACGAUGAGAAAUUUCUCAAAUGGCUCUAUCAUCCCGACUGUUGUCAACUUCCGGUGCAGUCUAUCAAUCCCUUCCGCGGGAAGCUAGCAUAUCCCGUCCACAAAGUCCGCAACAGUCAUAACGUCAAGACUAUGCGUACUGUAGAGGCGAACCUAGACAAAUUCUGGGAGUGCGUCACAGGCACAUUCAACAAAUUGGCUAUCCAAGAGAAGGUCAAGAACAAGACCAAAGGCAAUGCUGCUGCUCCUAAAGUGGUAGAGCCCGCUGCUGACAGCAAUGCCCCAGCGCAUGAGACGAGCGCACCCCCGCAGACAUUCAAGCUCGACAGGCGCACCUACAAGACAAUGAGGGCAUUGUUCCACGUUUCCUGUUCCGACACCGAGGACUUCCCCAAGGCAAUAAAAUGGGAUGAGUUCAAGCGAGCAAUGGUUAGGCUAGGUUUCGCUACGGAGAAACUGCAAGGAUCCGCUUAG